AGUUUUUGAGCCCAGAGAGAAGAGACCAAGGCGUUGGGCAAGGGCGAAGGCAGCUCAUAGCAUCCGAAGCGACCGCACCGCACUCCUGCAUCUACCUCCCGGCCCCAGUCACCAUGAGAGCGCUGUGUCUCGUCCUGCUGGGCCUGCCAGCAGCGCUCCUGGUCCAGGGCCAGUACAGCAGGUUUGAAGGCAUCACCUACCCUGAGCCGGUGCAAUAUUCCCAGUAUGACCAGCAGGCAGAGAUUCAGGAUUACUACGACUACCACGAUGUGACCCCCCGCACCCCUGAGGAGCAGUUUCGGUACCAGUCCCAGCAGCAAUCCCAGCAGGAGAUCGUGCCAGCUCCGACCCCAGCUGCUGCCCCCGAGACUGAGCCCACGGAGCCAGGACCCCUGGACUGCCGGGAGGAGCAGUACCCCUGCACCAGGCUCUACUCUGUCCACAAGCCCUGCAAGCAGUGCCUGAACGAGAUCUGCUUCUACAGCCUCCGCCGGGUCUACGUGAUCAACAAGGAGAUCUGCGUCCGCACCGUGUGUGCCCAUGAAGAGCUGCUGCGGGCCGACCUGUGCCGUGACAAGUUCUCCAAGUGCGGCGUGAUGGCCACCAGCGGGCUCUGCCAGACCGUGGUCGCAUCCUGCGCCCGCAGCUGCGGCGGGUGCUGAAGCCGCCCCCCCCCUCGCCGGGACCCGCCGAGCCCCUUCCCCUGCCCGCCAGGCUCCGGCUCCUCACCGUGGUGCUAAAGAAACCGUGCAUGAAAGAGCAUAAGGAAAAAAAAAAAGUCCAUUUUUUGGUGCACAUAAGAAUAAAGGGGGGGUAUUAUUUUUAUUACUUUUGUUAU